CACCUCGCUCGGGCCCGCCGCAGUGGGCGGGGGAUGGGCGGGCGGCGGCCGCUCCUGCCGAGGGUGGCCGGCCGCCCGCGCCGGUUCUGAGCCGGACCCCAGCCCUCCGCCCGAGAGCCCGCGUCGGCCCUAGCCCAGGUGUGCACAUUCCUUUAUAGUAGCUGCUUUAAAGUUUUUGUCUAAUACGUCCUGAAUCUGUCAUCUUGGUGCCUGCAUCUUUUGGUUAUCCUUUCAUAUGUUAAAUGGAAACCACCUUUGGGAGCUGGAUGCCUAUGUAGCUGUUCUUCCGCAUCAGUGUUUUGCAAUGAGUGGAGGAGGAGAGCAGCCAGACAUCCUCAGCGUUGGAAUCCUGGUCAAAGAAAGAUGGAAAGUGUUGAGAAAGAUUGGGGGUGGGGGCUUUGGAGAAAUUUACGAUGCCUUGGACAUGCUCACCAGGGAAAAUGUCGCAUUGAAGGUGGAAUCAGCUCAACAACCAAAGCAAGUUCUGAAAAUGGAGGUUGCCGUUUUGAAAAAAUUACAAGGGAAAGACCAUGUUUGUAGAUUUAUUGGCUGUGGGAGGAAUGAUCGAUUCAACUAUGUGGUCAUGCAGUUGCAGGGUCGGAAUCUGGCAGAUCUGCGCCGUAGCCAGGCCCGGGGCACAUUCACCGUUAGCACUACUCUGCGGCUAGGGAGGCAGAUUCUGGAGUCCAUCGAAAGCAUCCAUUCUGUGGGUUUCCUGCACCGAGACAUCAAACCGUCGAACUUCGCCAUGGGUCGCUUUCCUAGUACAUGUAGAAAAUGUUACAUGCUUGAUUUUGGCUUGGCUCGGCAAUUUACCAAUUCCUGUGGUGACGUCAGACCACCUCGAGCUGUGGCAGGCUUUCGAGGGACGGUUCGCUAUGCAUCAGUUAAUGCCCACAGAAACAGAGAAAUGGGAAGACAUGAUGACCUUUGGUCUCUAUUCUACAUGUUGGUGGAAUUUGUGGUUGGUCAGCUACCUUGGAGGAAAAUAAAGGACAAGGAGCAAGUAGGCUCCAUUAAGGAGAGAUAUGACCACAGGCUCAUGUUGAAGCAUCUCCCUCCAGAAUUCAGCAUCUUUCUGGACCAUAUCUCCUCUCUGGAUUAUUUUACAAAACCGGACUACCAGCUGCUUACAUCCGUUUUUGACAAAAGCAUCAAGACUUUUGGAGUAAUUGAAAGUGACCCUUUUGACUGGGAGAAGACUGGAACAGAUGGCUCUCUAACAACCACCACCACCUCCACCACCCCUCAGCUGCACACCCGUCUGACCCCUGCUGCCAUUGGAAUUGCCAAUGCCACUCCUAUCCCUGGAGACUUGCUUCGAGAAAAUACAGAUGAGGUGUUCCCAGAUGAGCAACUUAGCGAUGGAGAGAAUGGCAUGCCAGUGGGUAUGUCACCAGACAGACUGCCUGGGUCUCCGGGGCACCCUCGUCCCCAGGAGAAGGAUGUCUGGGAAGAGAUGGAUGUCAAUAAGAACAAGAUAAAGCUUGGAAUAUGUAAGGCUGCUACUGAAGAAGAGAACAGCCAUGGCCAAGCCAACGGUAUUCUCAAUGCUCCAAGCCUCGGCUCCCCCAUCCGCGUCCGCUCAGAGACCACCCAGCCAGACAGGGAUGCUCCACUGCUGCGCAAGUUACGCUCUAUCCACAGCUUUGAGCUGGAGAAACGGCUGACCUUGGAGCCGAAGCCAGAUACUGAAAAGUUUCUUGAGACCUGCCUGGAGAAAAUGCACAAAGAUAGCAGUGCAGGAAAGGGAGCUGUGAUGCCUGCGUUGCUGCAGAAGCCUUGUCCUUCUGCUGCGUCCCGCACCGACCACGUCUGGCACUAUGAUGAAGAGUAUCUUCCCGAUGCCUCCAAGCACGCCUCUGCCCACACCCCUGAGCAGGCAGAUGGUGGGGGCAGCAAUGGAUUUGUGGCCGUUAACUUGAGCUCUUGCAAGCAAGAAGUUGACUCCAAAGAAUGGGUGAUUGUGGACAAGGAGCAAGACCUUCAGGAUUUUAGGACAAAUGAGGCUUUAGGUCAUAAAACAACUGGAAGCCCUUCUGAUGAGGAGCCAGAAGUGCUGCAGGUUCUUGAGGAAUCCCCUCAAGAUGAAAAGCUCCAGUUAGGUCCUUGGGCAGGAAGCGGUCAUCUGAAGAAGGAACCAUCAGAUGUGGUCUUAGCGCUGUCUGUGGAAUGCCCUGCCACAGCUCCUGCAGAACAGGACCCAGACAGACUGGAGCUCCAGGCUGGAGUUGCUAGUCAGUUUAUUGCUGCGACACCCACAAGUCCAAUGGAGGCGCAAGCAGAGGGCCCCCUGACAGCGAUUACAAUUCCUAGACCUUCUGUGGCAUCAACACAGUCAACCUCAGGAAGCUUUCACUAUGGUCAGCAUCUGGAAAAGAAAGAUCUUCAGCCCUUGGAGCCCACUGUGGAACUUUUCUCUCCGAGAGAAAACUUCUCUGGCUUGGCUGUGACAGAAGGGGAAGGGCUUCAGGUAGAUCAUGUUGGCCAAGACACAUUGCCCCAUGUUCAAGAGAGUGACAGAUCUCAGGACCUGGGACCAAAAGACCUUCCUGAUGAUACUGGACUAGUUGGGAGGGAAUUUGAAAAUUUCCCUGUAGAAACUGAGGAGAAAAUCAUUCCAGGGGCAGAUAAUGAGGAUGAGAAGUUAAGUAGAGAACAGUAUUGUGUUGAGCUCUCACUUCAAGGAGAUCUGGGGACUGAGGAAAAGGAUCAUUCUGCUACUACUGAGCCCCUCGAUGGGACCAAAACACAGACUUUCAGUGUGGUGCCAAAUCAAGACAGAAAUCAUGAGAUCGUGAGGUUUCUGGCAGCUGGAACUUCGGAACUUUCUCCAACAGUCAUUGACCCACCUGUUGAAGGACAGCACGGCCAGGUAGCAGCAGUACAGAAAAGCAGGCUGCCUAAGGGCGAUGACAUCCAGAUGGAGGCCCUGCCAGAGCAUCAUGAGGGUCUCUCUGCUUUACUGUGCCAAGAGGAUAAGAGAGAGAAAAGUGCCCCGAGAAACGGAGAACUGAUUGAUUGCAUUGCAGAGAGCGAGUGUGCUCCCCCUGCCCGGAAGGACGUGGUCAGGUCGUCUCUUGUAACCAGACACAGUCGAAUCCCUGUUCUAGCACAAGAGAUAGAGUCAGCUUUCGAGGCCUCUUCACCUGUUUCUGCAAAAGAGAAGCUGCUGCAGAAGAAAGCCCACCAGCCAGACCUGGUGAGACUGCUGGUGGGAAAAAGGCAGCUCAGGUCUUUGCUUGGCGACCUCUCCAGUGCCUCUAAUAAGCUGCUGGAGGACAAGCUGGCUUCUGUCCCUGUGCCCUUCUCUGAGGAGGAUGUCUUGGUGCCCUUUUCUAAACUGGCCGUAGAUGCUCCCCUGAGCAGGUCAGCGGAAGAUAACUUUCUGUCACCCAUCAGCUCGCAGUCCAGGAAGAGCAAGAUUCCAAGGCCCGUUUCGUGGGUGAGCACAGAUCAAGUCAGCAGCUCGCUGUCAUCACAGUUCUUGCCUCGGCCACCGCCCGGGAAGCCGCCUGCGAGGCCUGGAGUGGAAGCCAGGUUGCGCAGAUACAGAGUCCUAGGAAGCAGUAACUCUGACUCAGACCUUUUCUCCCGCCUGGCUCAGAUUCUUCAAAAUGGGUCUCAGAAGCCCCGGAGCACUACUCCAUGCAAGAGCCCAGGACCUCCACACAACCCCAAAACACCACCCAAGAGUCCAGUUGUACCUCGAAGGAGCCCCAGCGCCUCUCCUCGGAGCUCACCCUUGCCUCGCACAUCCAGUUCCUCCCCAUCCAGGGCAGGGCGGCCCCACCACGAGCAGAGGAGUUCAUCCCCCCAUCUGGGGAGAAGCAAGUCCCCUCCCAGCCACUCAGGGUCCUCCUCCUCCAGGAGGUCCUGCCAACAGGAGCACUGCAAACCCAGCAGGGGCAGCCCCAAAGGCUCUGGCAGCCUCCACCACCACCCAGCCAGCUCGAAAGCGCCCCUGGGGAAGAGCAAGCCAGCCAGUAAGCUCAGCAGAUAGGAGCCGGGCACCAGCUCUUCCUCCUGACCCGACGCAUGUGUGUCCCUGUACUGUCUGUUUAAAAAAAAUCAAUGUUGCUCUUCCCUUGCAAAAGAAAGAAAUAUGAUCAGUUAUUUAUAAGCAGCUAUAAUGUAUGAUAAAGAAUUACCUAAGGCAGGUAGCAAGCAAAUAGGAAUCAGCACCUUGUCAUAGGGUGUUGCCGAGGAUUUGGCAAUCCUGCCAUAUUCAGGAGAGAGAAAUUCAUAAGUAAGCUGUCAUUUUUUAGCUGCCUUUGAAACAAAAGAGGGUAGGUGACAGAAUGAGAUUUUUAAGGGGUUCAUCUGAUUUUUUUAAGCCUCUACUUAAAAUUAUAUACCAAGUGUUUGAUAUUUUCAUUUUCCUAAUCUUGGUGUCAUUGCUCAGAUAUCAGAGUAUAAAAAGCUGGGCAUGAUGGUGCACAUGUGUAAUCUCACACUCCGGAGGCUGAGGCAGCAAGUUGGAGGCCAGCCUGGACUACUAAGACCAGCCUGAACUGCAUAGCAAGACCCUGUCUCAAAAAAAAUUAAAUAAGUAAAGAUAAAACAGAGUAUGUAAGUCUCCUGUGAGGGAACCAGUACUCAUGUAAUUGAUUCAGGGAGUUGUUUACUGUAUUGAAAAUCCACACUUUUAUUGCCUCACUCCAAAUACCCUCCUUGGAUUUUAUGUGGCUUUUGUUUUGGUUUGGUUUUUUGGUUUUGGUUUUUGGUCUUUUUAGUUAAGAAUUAGUGUUUCUUUCUAUCCCAGUCUCUCUUAUUUUUGCAGUACAUCCUGAUAGAUAUUUAGCAGCACAGGCUAAGAAUGCAGUUACCCUUCUUUUAGUCCCUUGGUAUUUUUCUUUGGAGCAACAGUUCUUAACCCAGUACAUUUUUAUUGUGAAAAAUAACUGAAAAACUUAGGUAAAGGACAGAAGAGUCUGACUAGAGCUAUGUUGCAGGCAUUAUUGUCUGGAGGGGACAGUGAGGGCCACAGCUUUCGAGAACAGAAGGACAUGCUUGCACCGUGUUCCACCUGGGCAAGGGGCAGCCGUGUGCGUGUCUCCAGGGUCCCAGCUCUUUCUGUUAACAACUCCAAGAUGACACUAGGGAAGCACACUGCUUGGGAAUAUGACUCUGCUUUUAGAGAAUUAGAAAAACAGGAAGACAUUAAGUAUGGUACAGAGGCCAAUACACUUUGUGUUUUAGACAAGUAAGGAAUGAGUAUCUGGGGAAAUAAAUUUUAAUUUUUUAAUAAAACAUUAACUGUGCUUUAGUUCAGUAGUCGGGCUUCUUGGCCUGAUUUCUAUGUAAUCCCAUGGAAGCUGUAAGGGAAUCAUAUUUGUUCUAACCUCACUCUUGCGCUAACAAGAAUCAGGCAGAAUGAAAGCAUACAGGGUUUGUAAAUGGGCUCUCAUGUACUCCAUCAGUGUUCACGUUGUGAUGAAGAACUUGUUAAGGUUAGGUAAAUGGGUCCGCCUGCUGUUGAAAUUUGCCUUCUAGCAAACAUCUGUGCUUUCUCUUUGACCUUGUGUUUGCUGCCAAAUGUAAUACAGUUGAAUUGGAAAAGAGAGAUAUUUCCUCACUAAGUGAACGUAUUUUAAUGCUGCAUCAAGCUGCCCUGAAGCUGCACUGAACUUACCUUGUUCUCUUUGUGUGUUGAGCUUUUUAACGAACUCAGAACACUAUAUUGAGGCAUAUAAGGCCUCCCAUAAGAAAUACAGCCUAGUUGGAACCUGUUUUCUCUCUAGUCUGAAGCACUACAGAGGAAUGUACUAGAUAAGACAUUUUUGCUGUUUAUCUAAAGCAACUGUAAUUUUGGAAGACCAGUCCUUCUGUAUUAUGUUGUAUAAUAGUUGCCAUAACACUACUUGCAUGUCUUCAUGGUAAAUUAUAUAAAUAUUUAUAAAUAUAUAGAGAUAUGCUUAUAUAAACGCACUCUUUCUCAUUCCCCACUGGUAACCAAGAUCCCAUGCCGGGAAGUUCCUUUUCUAUUGUUUGCCUCAUGUAUACUUGGGCUUUGCCCAUCUUUAUUUUCUGAAAAUACGUUCUUGGUCUGUGAGACCUGAGACUCUUCUUGCUCCUCCCUUUGACAAGCCAAUAUAGAAUAUUUAAUUUUCACUAUAAAGAAAUUUUAAUGGGGGAAAUUAUUGGGACAUGCUUGUAAUAUUAAAAGAUUUGUCCAUGUUAAUCACAUAGUUCUGUUCUUAGAAUAGAUAGAUGGAGAUUAUAACCAUGGAUCUGAUGGAUAAUUGUUUGAAAAACAUUUCCUAAAAGUUGCCACCCUGCGUUGCUCUUUUCUACUUUGUUUGGGGAAGGGGGUGGAGUUGGGGGUUAACCAAGCCUGUUUGGUUAUUUGUUUCCUCUCCCCUCUUCCCUGGCACUCUUACACACACACACACACACUCUCUCUCUCUCUCUCUCUCUCUCUCUCUCUCUCUCUCUCUCUCUCCUUCACUGUUGUUGCAUUAACUAAAUUGUGAUAAAAGUAGCCAGCUUAAACACUAACCCCUCUAGUCAGAAAUGUCUAAUAGUAACCACUGGAAAACUGAAGUCACGUGUUAUUUGCUUCCUGACUGGUGUUUCUCUGCUGGUAAUCACAGUUGAUGGUGAUGGCAACUGACAUUUUCUUUUCUGGUUCCUUCUAUUUUUCUCUCAACCUUUCCACUGUGUUGUUUCCAUUUUAAGGUAACAUUAACAAACUCAUCAAGAUCCAGAGAUAAAAGCUUCAUUGUGUAAAAUAAUUUAUUUUGCAUGUAGAGGAAGAGUUAACCAAAGAUAUUUUUGCUCUGACACUUUCAAAACUAAUUAUAGCUUAUGUGUCAGUAGGUCCAUUCAUAAGUACCACCCUUAUCUAGAGAAAUUUACUUUAUGGUUUUAGAUGUCUCAGGUUAAAAACAGAAGUUGGUAGCUUUCAGCUAGCACUUUUGACAAGGACUUUAUUUUUAUUUUAUUUCAAAGUACUAUACCAAGAACAAAAUUUUGUUUUUGUUUUUAGCUCUUUAUUAUUUAUUUUUGGGUUUUUAGUGAUGGUAUAGUAUAAUUUUAAGCCUGUUUGUUUAUUUUAUUUCAGCUGAGAAACAUGGCCACUAAAUCAAAUCAAAUCAAACUAUACUAAAAGCAGUAUGGGACAGAAGGUAAAAUUAGUUUUUGAAAACUCCUGGUAUCUCCUAUAACAACAGCAGGAUGAGUUACCAAGUCCACUUACCCUUGCCUUCUCUUUAUAGUCUCAGAGACUACUUGGGAAGGACAGAAAAUAGGAGUAGCAGCAGCUCAAACCAUGUGGUGGCACACCCUGUGAUCCCAGCACGGGAGGCUGAGCUAGGAGGAUUGCUGUGAGUUCAAGACCAACCUGGGCUACGUAGUGAGUCCAAGGCCAGCCUGAACUGCAUAGAAAGACCCUGUCUCAAAAACAACAAAAAGAAGCAGCAGCUCCAUUCCUUUCUCCUGGACUAGACUGACAGUCCUCCAGGGUCUUUGAAUUAAAUUCCAAACUCCACCUAGUAACCUUAUAUGAUUUAAAGGCAUUUGACUCUAGUGAGUGAUUCACAGAGAAGAAAAAUGGAUCAUAUCAAAUUUAACAUAAAGAUACAGAUUGCAAAUCAUCUCUGAUUCGCGCCCCCACCCCAGGCAGGGGGCACUCUCAUUGUCAGCGCUGGUAUGCAAGCUGAGCUCUGAUAGUGGCACAGAUAUUUGCUGGUUUUUAAGUUGCAUAUUUCAAAAUGAAGGCUUUUUGUAAAGUUGUCUAGUGAGGCAGGUCUGGAGCAGCAGAAUGGUAAUUGAGACCCAUUGUGGUCCUGAUCAACUUCCUGUGGUUGCUUCAUCAGGGUGCAGAGCUGCCGCUUGCCAUGUGCAGUGUCCACAGGGCAGCUUAGCAUGGUCCUGUGGCUGUGGAACCUGAUUUUCUUGGGCCUGCAGCAGAGAUGCCUGGUAGGCCAUAGAUUCUGUGCUGAUGUUUUGAUAGUUGCACCCUCUCUGCAAAGAAAGAGUGUACAUUGGUGUGAGUGUUCUAACUUCAGACACUGUUAGAACUGUAAUUAGUUUUUCUGUACCCGGUAGCUUUGUAUUAAAAAUGGAUACUUUUUUCCAUAAGCAGACAAUUUUGUGUUCCUAAUCUAACAUUAGGAAAUGGUGAGAGGAGAAACAAGAUCCAGAAUUCAGAAUUUUGUAGCUUAGAGAGAAAAAAUGCAUCUUGCCCUGGCUGUUAGAAAAUACAUUUAUCUGUAGAUAAUGUAGAGUUGGCCUUGGAGAUCAAAGUGCUUCAUAAUUUUAAAAACUUCAUUGCUUUUUCUCUAUUAAAACAUGGGCUUAGAGAAUUUCUUCUGUCAUGUUCAUGUACUGUGGAAUUGAGUUGUUUGCAUUCAGUCUCUCAAGCUCUCCUUUUCCUGGUUCCGUGCCUUUUAUCUCCAGUGUGUCUGCGCUUUGCUUAUGAGGAGAAAAGGUUUAGUAACUGUGUCACUGAAGAGACAAGAAAGGUUGACACCAACUGCACUGUUGAACUUCUUGAGUCAGUUCUAUAGACAAUAUGAUUACUUUGUAUGUAUGAUUUAAUAAAAAAAGUAGUAUAGGGUUCAGGCAUGUAACUACUGCAGCAGCUCUCUGUUAGUAUACGCCAAGCUCAGCCACUGUGGGCUCCUAUUGAGACCUAACUUAGAGCUUGGGGUGAGAGGCAGUUCCAGCCCUCAGCUAUAUGGGAGGUAGUGCCUGGAAAGCCCCAGGACAUUGUUGGAAUGGCUCACGUCCUGUCCUCUCCAAGUAAGACUCUACUGUGUAGCGCGAAGAUGUGUACUAGAGUAGAAACUACAGUAUUAGAUCUUCUCCAUAAUUUGGUUAUUCCUCUGGAAUUAGGGAAUUUAACCCAGAAAGACUUGAGGGUUUUUGGAAUCCGUUGCUCGACAUUGCUAGUGAAAACCACAGGAGGCGUGUUCCCAGGGAACCCCAGGACGCGGGACAAGGGUCCUCGUUCACUUAGGGAGAUCUGGAUGGUAUAUGUGUUGAUCCCAGAGAAGUCCCCAGGUGGACAUGGCUCAUCAAGACAUUUUGUAACUCAGUUUUUCUACCUUUAAAAUGUGUAAGCUUGUUAUUUAGUUACUGCCUUUGAGUAAAGUUGAUCAGCAACUUAAAGUAUGUAACAAGAUCAUCAGGAUCACCUUGAGAUUCCAUAUAAUGGCGGGAUGCUGAAUGGCAAAGUUGUAACUUUUACUCAGUAAUGAACUGAGUGUUUUCUUACAGUCAGCUGAAUCCUGGGUCUUACAGACAAAGGGACCUGUGCAGCCUGACAGGUCACCGCCACCUCUUUGGUUGGAAGUGAUAUUGGCCAUGUCUUCCCGACACCCUGGGCCAAAGGCCCUGAGUCAAGAGUAAGGUGUGCACAGUAGAUCUUUUAAGCCGUGAACUACAGAAUUUGCUGAUAAUUUUAUAUGAAUGAAAGGUAGGGGAUUAACCUUUUAGUACUUCAAUACCCCUUCACAUUUUGUGGCCAAGUAUUCACUCAUCUAUUUAAAGCCAUCAAGUCAAUCUGUUUUUACAUGGACUACCCUUGCCACAUGAUGCUUUUUUCCUUGUGUGCAGUCCAAACCCCUACAAACUGUCUGCAGCACCUUGCCUUACCUGCUCUGUGGUGGUCUUCACUGGUCUGCAAGGGUAAACAAAGCCACCAGAGUGGGACUGUGAUUUAUUUUAAGAAGCCACCAGGGAGGGGUAAGUUUGGGGACUUUUCUCCAGAAACCUUGUUUUUAAACUGUGCAUCACAUAGGGAAAUUAGUUCUGUAAGAUAAAACACUGUCAGAAAUUCAAAGAAAAAGAUAUAAAGGAAAUAUAACCCUGGGCUUCUGGGGUUUUGACAUUGGACUGUUUUAAGAGCACAGCAGAUGAGCCAGGCAGGGGCCUCUCACUCCUUAUCACCCAGUUCCCAAUCCCUGCCCUCUGCUCAAGUCUUUUACUUACAAGCUCCUAGCCUUUAAGAAAAGAGUGGAAGGUUCUAGUUUUCAAUGCAAUAUAAAUCUUGAAAGUUAUAGACUCUUGGCAGCUGUGAGAUCAGGUUCAUCCACAAACCAGAAUUCUCUCCUGCACAAGACCAGUGAGUUGGAAUAGAUACCGUUAAUAACCCAUUUUUCUGUCCUCUCUCCUCUUCGUGAGACCAGAAAGAUGAGAAGCUGCUCCCUGAAAUACCUCAAAGGUAUUGCGUUGUGUCCCUCCCUGCCCUGCAGCUCCCUUCCAAGUUUUGCUCAGGCAACCAAGGACAUGGAGUACGGCAGAAACACGGAGUGCUUUUGCAUAGGCCAUCUGUACAUAAAAGUGUAUUUAUUUAAUUUCCCAUUUGUAUCAUAUUAAAGCUUUGUACAGUGUUUUAAGUUCUGUUUUAAAAUUAUUUUGUAUUUUAUUUUUAUAUUCUAGUAAUAAAAUAUUCAUUCCGCAUGCAACUCUA